AUGGACUCCGUUGAUUGUGGCCCGUUGGACCCCGUCGCCGCCACCUACGGCCCCGUCGCCGCCACCUGCGGCCUCGUCACCGUCACCUGCGGCCCCGUCGCCGCCACCUACAGCCCCGUCGCCGCCACCUGCGGCCCCGUCGCCGUCACCUGCGGCCCCGUCGCCGCCACCUGCGGCCCCGUCGCCGCCAUCUGCGGCCCUGACGCCGCCCCCUGCGGCCCCGUCGCCGCCACCUACGGCCACGCAGCCGCCACCUGCGGCCCCGCCGCCACCUGCGGCCCCGUUGCCGCCACCUGCGGCCCCGUCGCCGCCACCUGCGGCCCCGUCACCCUCCCCUAG